ACCAGAGUUGCCAGUGGUGGAGAAAGGGCCAAAUGAGAAGAGAAAUAAGAAGCAAAUAAUGGGAGAGGUUCGGAAAUGAGCUGAAGGACAGGGCAGGCCGUGUGACUCUUAUCACAAAAGAUAAACUUGCCAAAUUAAAGCCAAGUAAAAAUAGAUAUACUUGCUUGAGAACAGCUACUGUACCUACUGCCAGGCUGUGACAUUUGAGAACUGCUUUAGUAGAACUGCCCCAGUCUGAAUUAUGAGGAAGAGUUAUGUACAAGAUCCCAACGACUGACCUGAUCUUCAGUUGCCAAUAGGUCAUUGCAUAGGACACGGCAAGACUCUUUCUCCAUCUGUUCCUGGCUCUGUGUAGUACACGGUUGAUGACUGCUACAUCCAGAGCUUACCUAGCAGAGUGAGACGGGCAGGAUUUUUCUUACUGAGCAGAAGCACCCUCUGAUUGUGUGAACUGGACUAGAGGACCUUGUGACAUCCCUUUCAGCUCUACUUCCCCAUGAUCCUAUGAACCAGACCUGCUUGGUGUGGCAUGGUUUUGAACUCCAGACAAAAAAGAUGUCCGUGCUCUUUACUGGGAAGAUUGACCCACUCACUGGACAAUCUGGAGGGGAAUGCUGCUAAAGAAAUAGAUAGACGGUUGGAAAAGAAACUGAAGAUCACACAAAAAGAAAGUAGUAGAAAAUCAAAAUCUCCUCCCAAAGUGCCGAUUGUGAUUCAGGACGACAGCCUUCCCUCAGGUCCUCCCCCGCAGAUCAGGAUCUUAAAGAGGCCCGCAACUAAUGGCGUGCUCAGUAACCCCAACUCUGCGAGCAGACCAGCCUUUCCCGUGAAGUCUCUGGCACAAAGGGAGGCAGAAUACGCAGAAGCCAGAAAACGAAUUCUGGGCAGCGCGAGCCCAGAAGAGGAACAGGACAAACCCAUUCUAGACAGACCAACAAGGAUCUCCCAGCCAGAAGACAGCAGACAGCUCAACAAUGUGAUUAGGCAGCCACUGGGUCCUGACGGUUCACAAGGCUUCAAACAGCGCAGAUAAAUGUGGGCGAGAGAUCAUGCUGCCGAAAGCAGGGUCAGCUGCCACGGGUUGCACUGCCGUGGUGGACAAAUGGACUUGAGCAAAGGGAACUACCUGGUUUACUUGCACUGUGAGCCCCUUUGCUCUGCCCACUGUGACCUUGAACCCCAUGCACUGUGACCCCCCCCACCCCCCCAUUCCACCCACUGUGAUUGGCACACCGACAAGGGCUGUCCCAAGUCGCUGUAAAAGGAAGCGGGGGGCGUUAAGGACUCAAACAGGUGCAGAGUGUUGUGUGUGCCACUUCAGCCGAAGCUAGCGCCAGCAAUAAUGUUUGUACUUAUUAACCUGGGAUUUAAAACAAAGAUGGGAAACUUCCCCCAAA